UCCGUGAGACCGUUUUCACUACCGACUGAGGGGCAAUUGCUGUGACUCCGGAAACUGUGACCCGUGAUCCCGGGAUAGCCCUGUUUUCUUCCCUCUCUCAGCCCCACGAUCCCUGCACGGAUCCUGGGGAGAUUCCGGCUGAUGAGGGAAUGGGAGCCGAUGGAUCUCUCAGACAGAACUGAGCUCCAGCUAUCUAAAUGCAAGGAUUGGGAACUCGGAGACAGGGAACAAAAUCUUUUACAUCAGCUGUUGAGAAAAUCACCUUUGUUCUACCUCCAAUCACAAACAAGAAAAAAUCUGCAGAUGCUGGAAAUGCAAGCAACACACACAAAAUUCCGGAAUUCAGCAUUAGUUCACUUUUCCGUAGAUGCUGCCUGGCCUGCUGAGUUCCUCCAGCAUUUUGUGUGUGUUUCUUGUUUCACCUCCUCUUGUUCUGGACUUUUUCUACUCGUGAGGACAUGUUUUGACCCAUUCACUCUAUGAAGAUAAUGUGAUCAAACACCUUUGCCCUGGGCAACAAGUAGCUUUCACAUCACAAAUGUGCCAGACUCGAAUGAGUCAGACUACUGCGCUUCCUUUUAUAUUCAUUGGCAUUACUGUACCAUCAAUGAGUUCACCACUGUCAGUCAUUUGGGGGAGGGUUCAGGGGAAAUAUUAAUGUACAAUACAGAAACUGGUAUUAUCUGUGUGUAUUGUGAUGUAAAAGUUGCUGGAGAAUUUGCAACUGGGAAGAAGUGGAGUGAUAUUUUGAAAUCUGACUUUUUAAAGUGUAAUUUAACAAGCAAACCACAUAUGGACAAUGUGUAAAAGCUCUGGUGAGAAAAUCCUUCAUUACCCGUUACAAGCUACAUAGGUUGUGUGAGAGUGCAGAUGAACUCGAUCAUACCCAGAGGAGAUUACAGUUCCUAUCGACAGUGAUUUGCUAGCUGUUAAAAUGAAUACCUCUCUAUAUAAAAUUUACUGUGCACAUGUUGUCACUGGGUGAAAAAUGCACAGUACAAGAUUUAUAUGCACACUGGUCAUUACAAAUUAGAGAGCACAUUGGUCCCUGAUGCCCUCACCUACAAGAUAUGCAUCUAGCUGCAGCUUGUAACCCUGCGCUCAAGGAAUUGGAACUUGAAAUGGAUGAAUUCCAGAUCAUCCAGGAGUUGGAGGGGGUGAUGGAUAUGACAUGAAGAGAGGUUAAAAAUGACAAGGAAUUUGUCUGCGGGAAUCUCGAGAACAACACGCCAGUUUUGCAGUCCCUGUCCAGAUAUUUAAGAAUUGGAACAAGGGAUUCACUCGAUCAUCCUUCCUGCUCAGACUGUGGGAGGGAUUUACUCGAUCAUCUGACCGACUUGCAAGUCCGUCAUUUUACACAGAGGAGAGGCCAUUCAGCUGCUCAGACUGUAGGGGUGGAUUCACUCGGUCAUUUCAACUGAAGGUACAUCAGGUAGUUCACAUUGGACAAGGCCAUUCACCUGUUCUGUGUGUGAGAAGGGAUUCAGUCGAUUAUCCCAGCUGUGGUCACACCAGACAGUUCACACUGGGCAGAGGCUGGUAAUCUGCUGAAUUUGUGGGGAAGGAUUCACUCGGUCAUUUGACCUAAUGUCUCCCCAGCGAGUUCACACCAGGGAGCAGCAGUUCACCUGCUCGGACUGUGGGAAGGGAUUCAUUAAAUCAUAUCAACUGAAGGUACAUCAGCGAGUUCACACUGGAGAGAGGCCGUUCACCUGCUCAGACUGUGGGAAGGGAUUCACUCUAUCAUCCAGCCUACUACUACACGAGCAAUUUCACACUGGGGACAGGGCGUUCACCUGCUCUGUCUGUGGGAAGGGAUUCCAUCGACCAGCCGACCUUCAUAGACACCACCAAUUUCACACAGGGGAGAAGCCGUUCACCUGCCCAGAUUGUGGGAAAGGAUUCACUUUACUAUCUCACCUGCAGAAACACCAGUCAGUUCACACCAGGGAGAGGCCGUUCACCUGCUCAGUCUGUGGAAAGACAUUCACCCAGUCAUUCCACCUACAGAGACACCGGUCAGUUCACACAGGGGAGAGGCCGUUCACCUGAUCUGACUGUGGGAAGGGAUUCACUCAGACAGCGAGCCUACUGAGACACCAGCGAGUUCACACAGGGGAGAAGCUGUUCACCUGCUCAGAACGUGGGAAGGGAUUCACUCGGUCAUCUGAUCCGCUGGCACACCAGCGAGUUCACAC